CCAUCCUGCCCAUCCCUACGUUAGCGCAGGCGGCGGCAUCCCCCAGCCGGGGCUGUGCCGCUCAUCCAGAGCUGAGCGGAUCCUUGCUCCGCUCUCUGCGCUGCUCCGGGAGCUCGGCACUGGAGAGGGAUCCAUCCAUCCAUCCGUCUAUCCAUCCAUCCAUCCGUCCCUCCCCUCCGCGGCCGCUUUUCUUGCCACCCUUUGGACAGGCAGUAAAACUCCCCGCUGCGAAUGGCAGGCGGCUGCCCUGGCUUAUCGCGGAAAUGUUUUCCGGCGGCUUUAUCUCCCCUUUUACCUGCCCAGGUAGGGCACUUCCCAGUCAGCGCUUUAGGUCUGCGUCCCGUCUCUUUGGGGAGAGACAGUAAUUCGGUGUGUCAGGCAGACGCCGCAGCUGCUGCGGCUGGGUUGUGUAACCGAGGAGAGCACUUGCUCUUGAACUCAAGGUGGAUCUGAGCAAGCUGGCGCUGGCUCGACAGGAAUCCGAGUAAACAACAAAUAAUGUGAACCUAGAAGGGCAUUAGCCGGGAAGCAGCCUCUGGAGGCGAAGGGGAACUUGGCGCAGUGGCGGAGCAGACGGGGUCCGUGCUCGGUGCUGGCUGGGCGCUCCCCAGGGCUGCAUUCCCGCUGGGAGAAGCGAGCCAGGAGAAGCCUGAGCUGCUGCACGUCUGGAAGAUGAGAUGCUGAUGGGGAGUUUCAGAUAUGCGGCUCCAGCUGGGAUCCUGGAGCUGCUCAUGCUCCUUGGCACCGCUGAUGGUCAGUCGAAGCUGACCUCUGAGCAGGAUGCCAUCAGCCUCUCCCCUGGCAAGUACCGCCACCUUGACCGUGCCACCAACGAAGAGCUGACCUGUGACAAAUGUCCUGCAGGAACCUACGUGUCCAAGCACUGCACGAAGAGUACCUUAAGAGAGUGCAGCCCUUGUCCAGACGGGACCUUUACCAAGCAUGAGAACGGCAUAGAGCGGUGCCACUCCUGUAGGAAACCCUGUGAACUGCCAAUGAUUGAGAAAACUCAUUGUACUGCCUUGACUGACCGCGAGUGCACUUGCCUGUCUGGUACAUUUCAGACAAACGAUACCUGCGUCCCUUACACGGUGUGCCCGGUCGGCUGGGGCGUCCGCAAGAAAGGAACCGAGACCGAAGACGUCAGGUGCAAGCCGUGCCCUCGUGGUACCUUUUCUGAUGUGCCUUCUAGUGUGAUGAAGUGCAAACCCUACACUGACUGCUUUGGGAAAAACAUGGUGGUCAUCAAGCCGGGGACAAAGGAGAGCGACAACGUCUGUGGUUCUCCGGCGUCCCUGCCGAACACGGCUUUGACUUCAUCGAGCACCGAAGCGGGUGAGCAGCCCUAUGAAGUUCCACCAACCGCUGAUCUUCCCAAAGGUCUGAACUCUUCAGUUCCCGAUUUUGUCCCCUCUCCGGCGCCGCGCGCGUCCAGCAGCAUGGUGGAGCGGGCACGGUACUACAACGAGACCUCAGCCAACGAGACGGACGGCAUCGGCAGGACCCUCGUGGGCUCCAGCACCACCAGCCAGGCCCAGAGCUACCGGCACAAGCAGACCAGCCAAGCGCUGGAGAAGCAGCCAUCCCUGGAGAUGAUGGGGGGCGAGAAGCCGAAUGUCCCGUACAGGCCCCCCCGGCGGGGCUCGCAGAACGUCCACCAGCACUUCGACAUCAACGAGCACUUGCCGUGGAUGAUUGUGCUGUUCCUGCUGCUGGUCCUGGUGGUGAUCGUGGUCUGCAGCGUCAGAAAGAGCUCACGGACUCUGAAGAAGGGACCCCGGCAAGAUCCCAGUGCCAUUGUGGAAAAGGCUAUUAUGAAAAAGUCCACCACCCCCACACAGAACAGGGAGAAGUGGAUCUAUUACUGCAACGGGCACGGCAUCGACAUCCUCAAGCUGGUGGCGGCCCAGGUGGGGAGCCAGUGGAAGGACAUCUACCAGUUCCUGUGCAACGCCAGCGAGCGGGAGGUGGCGGCCUUCUCCAACGGCUACGCGGCCGACCACGAGCGCGCCUACGCCGCGCUGCAGCACUGGACCAUCCGCGGGCCCGAGGCCAGCCUGGCCCAGCUCAUCAGCGCCCUGCGCCAGCACCGCCGCAACGACGUCGUGGAGAAGAUCCGCGGCCUCAUGGAGGACACCACGCCGGUAACGCCGGCGCAGAUGCAGCCCCAGUGGCAAGCGCAGGAGCCCAGCAAUGAGGAUGUAAAGCUGGAAGGUGACAAGCUGGCGCUGCCGGUGAGCCCCAGCCCAGUGAGCCCCGCGCCCACGCCCAGCCCCAAGCCCCCCGAGGCGGCCGUGCUCACCGUGGAGCCCUCUCCUUCCGAGAAGAAAUGCUUCUUUGUCGACGAGGCCGAGCCUCUCCUGCGCUGCGACUCCACCUCCAGCGGCUCCUCUGCGCUCAGCCGGACAGGCUCUUUUAUUACCAAAGAAAAGAAGGACACCGUCCUGCGCCAGGUGCGCUUGGACCCGUGCGACCUGCAGCCCAUCUUUGACGACAUGCUGCACAUCCUCAACCCCGAGGAGCUCCACGUGAUCGAGGAGAUCCCGCAGGCCGAAGACAAGCUGGACAGGCUAUUUGAGAUCGCUGGAGUCAAGAGCCAGGAAGCCAGCCAGACCCUCCUGGACUCUGUCUAUAGCCACCUUCCCGAUUUACUGUAGGCACUGGGUCACCGCACGCUCUCCAAAUAUCUGCUAGAGCUAGCUUGGCACUCGUUAAGAUGACCAACAAUACGCAGGCGGGAUUUUUUGUAGAAUAUACGGCCAGUAUUUUCAUUGAGGUGUCCUUGGUUUUUGGAGGAGGUGCAGUUUGCCAGCGUUGCACCCCUCCACCGUAACUCUAUCGCUCAGUCCGAGUCUUUGCAUCCCUGCCCCCUCCCCGAGCCUCUCUUCUCCUUGUUCUCAUUCCAAUCAGAUCAGACAAUGCACUUUAAAAAAAAGGAAAACAAACAAAAAAAUCCAAAACUGCAGUUAAUGAACUGAAAGACCACCAAUCUGGUGUAAUCUAACACAUCACAUUGGGGAUUGCUCUGUAAUCCCCUUCCUCUGUCAAAGCUGUCGCUCCGAGUGACCAUCUCCCACCACUUCCCUUCACCUCAGGGCAGUAAAUGGUAAAAUCACGCAAAAAUCCCACCCCAAUUGUUGCUGGUUACUGUCUCUUAACGCAGCUAAGCUUCCCACCCGAGCUCUUUUUUUUGAUGUACUCUUGUUUGGCUCAUAUCCAUUGCUGAGAUUUUACUAGCACGGUUAUUUAUUGUAUGGUUUUCACCCGGACAACGCAUCGCGCUCCUAAUACGCUACAGCAGAAGCGCUUAAACCACAAGGAAAAGGGUCAAGCCCCACCAACCUUCAAGGCAGUGGAAAGAUCCUUUGCCUCCAGUCGAAUGUAAGGAGUUAAACUGCCUUGCCACAUGUGGGAAUGGUGGGGCCCCAAAGGGAGCCGGUGCUGAACGUGGGGAGGCAAAGGCCACCACUGGUCCUGCUCUCCUCGUGCUGUAAGACUUAAACCAAGCUAUGCUUUUACACUCGUGUCUCUUGUUUUUUAUACAGAUGUGGCCGAUAAGUUCUCCAAAGACCUUAUGUGGUCUCAAUAGUCUCUUCAAAUCACACUUCACUUUUUAUUAAAAGAGGUCGGGGGUGGGGGGUAUGGGGGACAAAAAGCUGCAUCGUAAGAAGUCUGUCUGAUUAUAUUUGCAAUUAUUAUGCUCCCGUAACGAACAGUCUGUACUACGCUCAAUUUGAAGAAAUAAUGGUAUGAGGGUGGCAUGAGCUGCCCCAUGGGAAGGGGUGGGAGUGGGGGAAGAGGGGAAUGAAUUGAAAAAUUGCCUUCCGGUGUACUAAUUUAUUAAUAAAUACUAGGUGUUUGUUACUUGA